AUGACGCUUCUAGAUGAAUGUCAUAAAAAGUUAACUGAUUUACAAAAACAAGUAACUCAAACAAGUAAAAAUGUUAUAAAUCGUACACAAAAAUGGAGACGUUUGUCAACUGUCGCAUCUACAGAUUGUGAUGUUGUAGUAAUAUUUAAGACGGAACUUUCUGAAGAGAUUAUUGAUUGGCUUAUUAAAAUUAUUAAAAAACGUGUUCCUCAACUAGUUGUACAUAAACAAUUUCAUCGUACAUCAAGACAGUAUGCACUUUAUUUAACAGCGUCAUAUCGAGAUCUACUUACAGGUGCUGAAGAAUUACGAAUUAAAAAAUCUCUCUUACCUGAACAUGGUGGUGGUUUACGUGAAUUUUCCGUGGAUGAAUUCAGUUUAUUUGAUCAUGUUAUGGAUGAGAAUGUUUUUUUGUCAACUAGCGAACGUAGCAAUAUUAUUCAUUAUUUUCUGAUGAGUUUACGUGCUUGUCGUGAAGAUUCCACUAUGUGUUCCAUUAAAUUUGCUGAUGAUCAAUGUAUGAUUCCAUCUCUUCAAUCAGCUGGUAUCAUUUUACAAAUAUUUCCAUUACAUGAACCAAAUGAAUUGAAUCGAUUAACUGAUAUUUGGAUACAUCGUUGGAUUGUUCUACAACCAUUAGAUGAAAUUAAAGAGUAUUUCGGUAUAAAAAUUGCAUUCUAUUUUGCAUGGCUUGGUCAUUAUACUUAUUCAUUAAUAUUUCCAUCAAUUGUUGGACUUGUUGUAUGGUUAUUUGUUAAUCCAAAUAAAAAUUCUUCAUUUUAUUAUUUAUUAAUGGCUAUUAUCACUUUAAUAUGGACAUCAUUAUAUUUGGAACAUUGGAAAAGAACUAGUUCAUUUUUAGCUUAUCAUUGGAGUUCAUGGGAUAAACCAAUUUCAUUAUUAGAAGAGCCUAGACCAUUAUUUAAAGGUACUCUAUCUUUAUGCCCAAUCACCGGGAGACCUAUACGUAUUUAUUCGAAAUGGAAACGUUUGCUAAUUCUAUGCUUUAUUACAACUCCGAUUGUUCUACUCUCAUUAAUUAUUGUUAUUUAUAUUACAUGGAUGUAUGUUCAAUUACAAGAGAAAAUGAAUAAUUUUGCAAACAAUAAUGUAUCGAUUAUACCAACGAUUGUAUUGGUAACUUUACCAAAGAUUUUUCUGGGUAUAUCAAUUUCAAUCAUGGAUGUUAGUUAUAGAAAAAUUGCUAUUUGGCUUACAGAUUUUGAAAAUCAUCGUUUAGAAGAUGAUUACAAUAAUCAUUAUGUAAUCAAAUUGAUUUUGCUUCAGUUCGUGAAUUCAUUUUAUUCCCUUUUCUACACAGCAUUUUAUCUGAAAGAUUUGGAAUUAUUACGAAAGCAACUUGUAACAUUACUACUUAUUCGACAAAUAAUUGAUUCUAUUAAAGAGAUUUUUUUGCCACUUGGUCAAUCACGUUUACGACAAGUAUGGUUAUCAUUAAAAUAUGAGCGGAGACGUUUAGCUGAACAAAAUAAAUUGAAAUCUGAAAAUAAUAUUAAUAAUAAUAAUAAUAAUAAUGGUUCAUUAUCAACAUCACCUAGUAAAACAAGUUUGAAUAUUGAUCAAUGUUCAAUAUCACCUGAGAAUAAUAGUCAAAAUGCUAAUAAUAACAACAAUGUUAGCAUGGAUGGUGAUGUGAAUUCGGAAAUGCAUAUCCAUCAACGAAUACAAACAGUCAGUAAUGACGAAAAAUUACAUAACAAUUCAAAAUCAUUUGAUAAUCCUGAAGAUACACAAAUAACACGUGCUGAAAGAGAAGCUACAUUGUUACGCUAUGAAGAUCCAACAGAUGAUUUUUUGGAAAUGUUUAUUCAAUUCAGUUAUGUGAGUAUGUUUACUGGGAUAUUUCCAUUAGCUGGUUUAUUGGCUUUCAUGAAUAAUAUCAUUGAAAUACGCGGUGAUGCUUAUAAAUUAUCAACUAGUUAUCAACGUCCAUUUGGUAAAUUCGCUAAUAGUAUCGGUAUUUGGCAAUUAGCAUUAAAUGUUGUCAGCUAUAUAGCUGUCAUUGUGAAUAUUGCUUUACUUGGUAUAUCUGGAACUGUACAACGUCUUUUCCCUAAUUUCUCUACUUCACAAUUGAUUAUUUUUCUUGUUUUCAUUGAACAUGCAAUAAUCAUUACACGUGCUGCAAUCAGCGCACUUGUCCCACAUACGCCUACUUCGGUUGUACAUCAGAUAGCUAAAUUAGAGCAUCGUAGACGAGAAGCUCUUAAGAUACUUGAACGCGAAUCAAUGCGUGAACAUCAACGUCAACAAUCACCUUCUAAUAUAUAA